AUGAGCAGCGACAAGCUGCUCGACAUCAUAUUCAACAUGAAGUUCACCAUGAAGCAGAUGAACAAGAGCGCCGCCACCGCGGAGAAGGCGAGCGAGAAGGAGAAGCUUCUCGUCAAGAAGGCGCUCGAGAAGGGCAACCCGGAGGCCGCCCGCAUCUACGCGCAGAACGCUAUUCGCAAGCGGAACGAGUCGCUGAAUUACCUGCGCCUCGCGUCCCGCAUAGACGCCGCGGCGUCUCGCGUGCAGACGGCGCUGCAGAUGCGCCAAGUGUCGAAGUCGAUGCAGCAGACGGUGCGCGGCAUGGACAAGGCACUGCAGUCGCUCGACCCGAUGAAGAUCGCGAAGGUCAUGGACGAGUUUGAGCGGCAGGCCGGUACGCUGGAAGUCAACCUCGGGACGAUGGACGCCGCCUUUGAGAGCGCGCAGGCAACAACGGUGCCGGUCGGCGACGUAGACACGCUGAUGGAGCAGAUCGCGGCGGAGAACAAUCUCGACAUCCGCGAGAAGAUGGGCGGCGCACCGAUACGCGGGCAACUCCGCCCAGAGGAGGUGGACGAGGCGAAGGAGAUGGCGGAGAGAUUAGAGCAGCUGCGCACAGGUGCGGCGUGA